AUGUCAAAACAUAGAGGAAGAAAAAGUAAUCCAACUGAAGAUGCAACAUUUUCUUCACCAGCCACUGCGGAAGGAACUUUAGGCACUUCAGCAGCUUUUACAAAAUCAUUGGAAACAUUUUCUCCUGAGGGAGUAACAGAGAAGGCUACUGAUUUCUUAGCUACUGACGCAGUAGGUCAAAAGGGACCCAAUUCUUCAAGUAGCAGUCAUGUACAUAUUAAACAGUUUUCAGGUAGACCUCGUGAUAAGAGUAUCUCGAGUGUUAAGAACUUAUCAAAAGGGUUUUCACACGACAUUCAACAUGAAGUAGACAAUGUAGGUUCAAAAUAUGGUUCUUUUAAGAAGUCAAAGAGUACAGAUUUACUAUUUAGAAGAAGAAAUAUCAGUGGUUUAAACAUGACUUCCUACACCAAUCCAAAGCCAAAUGACUUAACAGAGACAAUCGAUGGUGUGAUUAACAACACAAGCGGAAGUAACAACAAUGAUAAUUACACUGCCACUAAUAAUACUGGGAAUCCAAGUUAUGGAUUAAAGCCAAGAAGAAGCAAAAGUACACAUUCUGUAUUAGAGUUGCAUGAGGCAGAUGAAUUGUAUACUAAUGACUUAACUACAGAUGAAGAGGUUGAAUAUUUUACAGAAGAAGACGAAGAUCAAGGUUCACAAAAAUCAAAGACAAAUAUAAGUAAUAAUUUACUUUCACAACAAACAACUGCCCAUAGUGACAGAUUUCCAAAUCACGAUGCAAAGAAAAUGCAUCCAGUUCAUUCUAAGCUUCUAAAAACUAACCAAAUAAAAAACAAAAUACUGUCAGAUACACAUCUGUCACAACUGAAUCAUGCUGCUAAAAUUACAGACCAACUUAGUUAUAAGCCACCUUCCGAUAUGAUCAAACCAUCUCAUUCAAAAUCCAAAGUUUUAAACACGACAACAUCAAAUAGUGAAGGCAAUAAAUUGAAUGAAGAUGAUAUCUAUUCAUCUAAUAAAACAAACAACGAUGAUACAGAUAUAAUUAACGAUAAUGAAGAAGAUGACGAAGAAGAUGACGAAGAAGAUGAAGAGGAUGAAGAUGCUAUAGGAGAUGACCUUAUUGGAGAUAUACCGAUUGAACAGGUGAUGCAAGAUACAGUUGUUCAUAGUUUGAAAAGACAAGCAAAUAUGUUUUCUGAACUUAAAAAUAAUAAUAAUAUAUCGAAAAAUCCUGAUAGCUCGGUGGAUAAUACAAAAGGAGGUGAGAAGCAAUCCUUUAAUGAAAACUAUAUUCAACCUGGGGCAGGACACACUGACCAGUAUAUACCAGAUAUGAUUCUUUCUCAAUCCAUGGGGAUUGAAAGAAAGUAUGAUGAUUCUACAAGAUCUGCUAGGUCUCUGAGUUCCAACCACGAAAUAACCAAAAUUACAGAAGGUGAGGUAUUAAACACGCCAAGCAAAUUAAACGAUCCUUCAAAUACAAUCGAUGAAAAUCAACUUUAUCCUGGUUACUAUGGAAACACUGCUGAUUUAACAGAACCUAGGAAACCUAAAGACAUUAAGACCAAUAUUCCGAUAACUGACGAUAAUAAUAAUAAUUUUCAGAGUUUUUCCAAUAGCAUUUCAAGUUUGACUAAUAAUCUACAGAAAUCUAAUCCUGAGGGGUUUUUCUCUCAGAAUAAAACUGUUAGUUCACCAACCUCCAAACAAAAACACUUUUUGUCGAAUACGAUUUCGAGUCUAAAGCCAUCUUCAGGAAGAGGUUUGAAUAGUAUCAAAUCAUCACACAAUAAUGAUAACAUCAACGAGUCCAGUUUGAACAAUUUUGCAAAUUUUUUGAAAUCUGAUGAUAUAGAUGGUGACUCUAGAACUCAGAAGAAGUUAUUAUUACAAAGAGAGAAUUCCAUUUUAGAUAUUAACUUACAACAUGAAGAUAACAACGCAAUAUUUAUGGCUGGCAACAUAGAUGCUAAGAGAGAAUUUGAACGUGUUUCACAUGCUUACACAAAUUUGCGUAGAUUUUCUAAUCCUUUAUUUGAUGCCUUAAUCAGGUGGGAAUUAAGUUUUGAUAAUAGUAGCCAAAUAUCAAAUUUGUCAACUACAAAUGAUCUUAAUGAGCUUUUAUUUUCGAGUUACAGUUCAAAAGAUGAUGGUAAAUUGAACAAGAUUUUACCUUCUUCGGAUUAUACAAAUCUUCAUCGUACAUUAGCAAAUUUAUGGAAUCAAGAAUCCAAUAAAUUCAACAGUGAGAACAACCCGUUGAGUAAAGUUAAUAAAUUAACAACAACUGGAAACAAUAUACUGAAAGGCCAACCUCCUCAACAACAAAAUCCACAAAGUCUGAGAGGCGUAAUGGGUUCAAGUACAGCAUUGCAUAACUUAAGGAAUAUAAAUUCUUUACAACCGACUACUAGGGCUGUAAAUAGAAGGCUCGAGAAUUCAAGGAACAUCUCACAUCGUUAA